AUGCAUGAUGAUGCGAUGCACGGGGAUCAAAGUUUGAAGUUUGAAAAAGUAAGCUUUGGCGCGUGGCCGCUCUCUCCCCCGAUUCAAGCUGAGAUUAAACUUACUCGGACUUGUUUAAAAACCUUGCACUCUGUACAAUUCGACAUUGUUCAUCUCUUGCUUUCGUUUUUUUGUCUAUCUGGUAGAACUCUCGCGAAGAUGAAACUAUCCCUCCAGAACGAGCAUAGUAUAGCUGGUUUGUUUGGACUUGAGAUGAGUCCCUUCAAAUUGGUACCGAAACUUGAAAUUAUUUCGAGUUUAAAAAGGCUUCGUGUUCGCAUCACCUCUUUACCUCCUACUCUCACUUAUUUACUCGUUUGCUCUAUUGGACGAUGUCUCUACUCUGACAGAACGACUGUUGCGCCUAUGCAGCGCAUUGUCUAUGUUGUCUGUAAGGAAUCUGCCUACUUGGUUCAAUAUUGCCAGGGGUGUGCAAAAUGCUCUCUGGAGAACCAGCGGAAAGUUGGAUUGACAACUGGAGGACUCUUCGCUAUUUUCAUAUCGAUAGACCUAUCCGCUAAAUUUACACGUACACGGAUAAAGAAUUUUAUUGAGCGGAGCAUAAAAUUUAAAGACGGCAAAUUACGGGAACUAGCAAAAUCGUCCAUGAGUAUUUACAAAAAAAGUCGAGCUAUGAGAACUAAAGCAAUACCAACACAUCAGCAGCAUCCUAGAGACACUCCCUUCUCAAACUGA